AUGGACACUUCAUCCAAAGAAAAUAUCCAGUUAUUCUGCAAAAAUUCAAUGCAACCUGUUGAGAGGCCUUCCUUCAAAACAGAAUAUUCCUCCUCAGAGAAAAAACAGCCCUGCUGUGGUGAACUAAAGGUGUUCUUGGGCGCCUUAUCUUUUGUUUACUUUGCCAAAGCACUGUCAGGAGGCUAUCUGAAGAGCACCAUCACUCAAAUAGAGAGAAGGUUUGAAAUUCCUUCCUCCUUGGUGGGCGUUAUUGAUGGGAGUUUUGAAAUUGGGAAUCUCUUAGUUAUAACAUUUGUUAGCUACUUUGGAGCCAGACUUCACAGGCCAAAAAUAAUUGGAGCAGGCUGCCUGAUUAUGGGAAUCGGAACGUUGCUCAUUGCACUGCCUCAGUUCUUCAUGGAACAGUACAGAUAUGAAAGAUAUUCUUUCUCCAAUUCCACUAUUAGCACCUCUCCAUGUCUCCUGGAAUCAAACAGUCAAUUAACAACCUCGGUUAUGGAAAAAUCACAAUCCAAAAUAAAUAAUGAAUGUGAAAUCGACACCAGCUCCUCCAUGUGGGUUUAUGUUUUUCUGGGGAACCUUCUUCGUGGGAUUGGAGAAACUCCUAUUCAGCCCCUCGGCAUCACCUACCUAGAUGAUUUUGCCAGUGAAGACAAUGUGGCUUUCUAUAUUGGGUGUGUGCAGACGGUGGCAAUUAUAGGGCCAAUCUUUGGCUUCCUGUUAGGCUCAUUAUGUGCCAAACUGUAUGUUGACAUUGGCUUUGUAAACCUAGAUCAUGUCACCAUUACCCCAACAGAUCCCCAGUGGGUAGGUGCCUGGUGGCUUGGUUACCUAGUCGCAGGAGUCAUCAGUCUUCUUGCAGCUGUGCCUUUCUGGUGUUUACCAAAGAGUCUCCUGAGACCACAAAGUAAAGAGGAUUCCAGUUCCUCCUCUGAGAAAUCCACGUUUAUUAUGGGGGAUCACACAGAAUGCCAAACACCCCAUCGAGAAAAAGCAAAAAUGAUAGAAAUGGCAAGAGAUUUUCUUCCAUCGCUGAAGAAUCUUUUAGGAAAUCCAGUGUACUUCCUAUAUUUGUGUGCAAGCACCGUUCAGUUCAAUUCUUUAUUUGGCAUGGUGACAUAUAAACCAAAGUACAUUGAGCAACAGUAUGGGCAGUCAUCUUCCAAGGCCAACUUUGUUAUCGGGAUCAUCAACAUACCUGCAGUAGCCCUUGGAAUAUUUUCUGGAGGGAUAGUAAUGAAAAAAUUCAGAAUCGGUGUAUAUGGAGCUGUAAAAAUAUACCUGGGAUCAUCAGUCCUUGGGUACCUCCUAUUUCUUUCCCUGUUUGCACUGGGCUGUGAAAAUUCUGAUGUGGCAGGAUUAACUGUCUCCUACCACGGAACCAAACCUGUCUCUUAUCAUGAACGAGCUCUCUUUUCAGAUUGCAACUCAAGAUGCAAAUGUUCAGAGACCAAGUGGGAACCCAUGUGUGGUGAAAAUGGAAUCACAUAUGCAUCAGCUUGUCUUGCUGGCUGUCAAACCUCCACCAGGACUGGCAAAACUAUUAUAUUUCAUAACUGCACCUGUGUGGGAAUUGAAGCCUCUAUAUCAGGAAACUCCUCAGGCAUGGUGGGCAGAUGCCAAAAAGAUAAUGAAUGUCCCAAAAUGUUUCUGUAUUUCCUUGUAAUAUCAGUCAUCACAUCCUAUACUUUAUCUCUAGGUGGCAUACCUGGAUAUAUCUUGCUUCUGAGGUGCAUUAAGCCACAACUUAAAUCUUUUGCCUUGGGUAUCUACACCUUAGCAGUAAGAGUUCUUGCAGGCAUCCCAGCUCCCGUAUAUUUUGGAGUUUUGAUUGACACUUCGUGCCUCAAAUGGGGAUUUAAAAGAUGUGGAAGUAGAGGAUCCUGCAGAUUAUAUGAUUCACAUGCGUUUAGACACAUAUAUCUGGGACUAACUAUGCUGCUGGGAAUAAUGUCCAUUUUCUUAAGUACUGCAGUACUGUUCACUUUGAAGAAAAACUAUGUUUCAAAACACAGAAUCUUCAGAACCACAAGAGAAAGAACCGUGGUGUCUACAAGAAUCAGCAAGGAAAACUGUACUACAAGUGAUCAUUUACUGCAGCCCACCUGCUGGGUAGGCAAGGAAACACAGCUUUAG